UACUUACGUGUAAACAUUAUGAUAAUCAUACAGGGUCCCUUUUUUUAUUUUAUCCAAUUGUUGUGUUGAAGGUCCGCUUUGAUGCCGCGUUGCUUUGCUUUGCUGUGGACGGCGACGACCCAAGCGACGACGUUGAUAACCGUGACAGCGUCGUCGCCUACAACAAUAAUGCCUCUGCACAAUAGCCAUUGUUGGUUCGUUGCGAUGGGUGCCGGGACCGUUCUUAAAGGUCCAACACCGUUGCUGUGCCUACUACGCGUCGCUCUUGAUGCUGUUCAACUGGGCUAUACCGUCUUACCUCUCUAAUAUUCUGUUGCGCAACAAGAAUCCUCAAUGUCCCACAAUAUGUUACAUUCAACGGCUUCCGUUUGACACCUUUGUCGAGCACAUAUUUCCGUUGCUCUGCGUUGAAGAAAUAAUAUGCCUUCGCAGGGUGAACCGAAUGUUCUUCCUUUUGACCCAUGAACCCGUUAUCUGGAAGCGCUUCAUGUCGCGUAUGAACAUACAUACUCCUCCCUUCCGGCCCACGUUUGCGUAUUCCCAACGGGAGACCGAUUUUGAGAUCGAGCAAAUGGUCACACGCGCUAUUUCCCUGGAUGAUAAUUUCAGACGACGACGACCUCAUGUCGUGAAUCGGUUUCGGGUCCUGUUGUACUCCCAAAUACUCGAACUGAAGUUGGUGUUGGGGGGAAAGUACCUCGUCGCCUCUAUAGUCAACCACGUAUACCGACAAUUCCAAAUCAUCAUCGUCAAUAUGGAGCACCCAGAAGAGGAAGGUGUUCGCCCUGUAUUAUACAUUCCGGUCCAUGUGCGCGCAUCUAACCUCGAUGCAAAAUAUAUGACCUAUCAUGGACAGCCGGGCAUUAUGAUUUCAUACGUAUGCCGGUCGUGGAAGAAGACAGCUGAUGGAACACCGACAGGGCACUUAACAGACCUCGAUACUUUGACUUACCACGCCCCCGUUGAUGAAGCGCACCCCAUAAAGUACGAGUGCAAUUGCUAUUUCUCUCCCUUGCACAUCAUGGAGUCGUUGUCGGAUCCCUAUAUCUUACCAGGAGAUGAUGAGUACGAGAAGCGGCAUUCUGGUAUCCAACGACCUUCGAACCGCGUCAUGGCCUUCACCUCUGGGCGGGUAUUGUACGAUCCAUCGCUUUUCGAAAGCAACGGCGUGCCAUAUGUUGUAAUCACCCAGCAGCCUGAUAAAGUCGCCAUCGCUAAUCUGCACACUCAUACAACCCACCUGCUUCUCUGCAGAAAAGCCCCGAAUUUCGAGAACUUCCGUCAUACCAUAAUGGCUGUCCGUGUUCUGCCAGACCAAAGCCACAUUCUAGUCAUCCGAAGACUUCAGCACCCCGGUCUGAUUCCCCGGAACACCAUAGAGCUCUACCAAAUGCCCAACUCCGGAAGCCAGUCUCUCGCUACGACCGCCGCGUUUGAACGCGUAUGGGCUCCAGAAUGUUAUGUCCGUAGUUUUCGCAUUUCUGAUUACUACCGCCCCUCGUAUAAAGGUGACUAUCCCACGCGCUCGAACUCCAAUGAUCCUCCGCCCCCUCUGUCCAUAUUCAUGUCUUCCGCCCGACCUAACACCAUGACGCAUUAUCAUCUUUGGCCUUCGUUGAUCAAGUCUCGGAUAUACGGAACAGAUAACACCAUUGAUUUAUGGGCAUACACUCUCGGAGACUCUUGCACGCAGCAGUCCCUCCAUCGCAGUGACACCGACAUAACUCGGGUCAUUCCUGGGGUGUACCGUUCCCUCGCGUGGCAUCAACCUCAGGAAGACCGGUCAAUAUCGCCCAAGAUGACAUCCCUCAUGCGAUAUACAAGCCGCGAGGCGCUGCCUACAGGAUACUCGUCUCCCACAUUGCCGACCGAUGAGCCGCUUCUCCGGAAGGGCCGAAUUGGUGUCCCCAAAUUCGUCUAUGGUUCGUUCCGGGAUGUGAACGAAAAAACUUAUCCCAAUUUCUUCCACAAGGGUAUCUCGGCGGCGGCGUGGGACGAGAGUAUUGGACGAGCGUGCUUCGUCUCCGCCGAAGGUACGGUGAUUGAGGUCCUGGAUAUGGCGUGUGUUGUACAGCCAGACGAUCGCCUGACGCAAUGGAAUAUGAAACAAGUGAACGGGAAACUACAGACACUAGCAUUCGCGACUGACUGCCAUGGCGAUACGACUCUGUGAUCACGAUCAAUAUAUGCACAUCUUACACUACUUUACGAUUUUGGUAUCUACGAGGUAUAAUAAAGCAGAAGGACAGUGACUUAGGACAGUGAUAUCAUAGUGUUUGUAUUUCCGGAUAUUGUUGGAGUGGAUGAAGAAAUCACUGAACAAUCCCGGAAGUAUGUACUACUACGGUUGCUACGUAGGUCUGUAUUCAGUGUACUAAGAUUUGAGAUUUUUUUGAUGUGCUAGUUCUAGUCUUCUAGACUCAGCAAUUCAUAAACAGACUCCGGGCAAGUAAUAUGGCUUAGCACUUAGGCAUUGCUGCUAUUUAUUAAGGAUGGGAGGCGAAAAUAUUCAAUACAGAGAUAGUAUACAUAAGGAUGAGAACAUCAAC